GGUUGCAAAAGGUGCUUUUAAAGUUUGGACGGUUUGGCAGCCGCGUGGAAGACUUUUACGCACGGCAUUGUUUGCGAUGGCACCGUUUUUGGAUAGACGCGCUCCCGCUUUGCUCUUGAUCUGGAGUUACUGCGUCGUAGCCGACGCGACUUUUACAAACUUUUCCGUGGACAACGAGUUUCAUUCCAGUUUCAUCCACCGUCGGCUGAGGAGCCAGGAGCGCAGGGAGAUGCAGCGGGAGAUUCUAUCCAUCUUGGGGUUGCCGCACCGGCCGCGACCGCAUCUUCACGGCAAGCACAACUCUGCCCCCAUGUUUAUGUUGGACCUGUACAAUGCCAUGUCAACAGAGGGGGACGACGACAGGUACUCCUAUCCAUACAAGCCCAUCUUCACCACGCAGGCACCCCCCAUCGCCAGCUUGCAAGACAACAACUUCCUGAAUGAUGCAGACAUGGUCAUGAGCUUUGUAAAUCUAGUGGAGCACGACAAGGAAUUCCUGCCAGUGCGGCGGCAUCAUCGAGAAUUCCGAUUUGACCUGUCCCAGAUUCCUGACGGCGAGGCGGUCACUGCUGCUGAGUUUCGUAUUUAUAAAGACUUCAUCCAAGAACGUUUUGAUAACGAAACAUUUCGCAUCAGCAUCUACCAAGUGCUGGAGGAACAUUCUGAUAGGGAGUCUGACCUUUUUCUGCUGGACUCACGAGUCAUUUGGGCUGCAGAGGAAGGCUGGCUGGUUUUCGAUGUGACGGCCACCAGCAACCACUGGGUCCUCAACCCAGGAAGAAAUCUGGGUCUGCAGUUGGCUCUGGAGGGCACAAACGGAGACAGCAUAAACCCACGCGCGGCAGGGUUGAUCGGUCGGAGCGGGCCGCAGAAUAAACAGCCAUUCAUGGUGGCCUUUUUCAAAGCCACUGAGGUGCACUUGCGAAGCAUUCGUUCUGCACAAGGAGGUUCCAAGCAGCGUAACCCUAAUCGUGCCAAAGGGGCAAAGAGCCAAGAAGCCUUGCGAAUGGCCAACAUUGCAGAGAACAGCAGCACUGAUCAGAAGCAGGCAUGCAAGAAGCACGAGCUGUACGUCAGCUUCCGAGAUCUCGGGUGGCAGGACUGGAUUAUCGCCCCAGAAGGAUACGCAGCAUACUACUGUGAGGGCGAGUGUGCCUUCCCACUCAACACCUACAUGAACGCCACUAAUCACGCCAUUGUGCAAACACUCGUUCACUUCAUCAACCCGGACACAGUUCCUAAGCCUUGUUGUGCGCCCACGCAGCUCCACGCCAUCUCUGUGCUGUACUUUGACGACAGCUCCAAUGUCAUCCUCAAAAAGUACCGCAACAUGGUUGUCAGAGCUUGUGGCUGUCACUAGAAGCUGUCACCUUUUCACAUAUGAGCACACACACACCAAGUCAAAAGUAAUCAGACAGAAUGCUGACAACUUUAGGCAUAAGCAUAUGUGGUCCAAGACAAUUCCUGUGAGUAAAAAGCUCUUGUUUCUUCUUCAGGGUUGUCUCCAAGUAAACACUGUGUUGUGUGGCUGAAAUGGAAUUUUAGAUUACAUACACAUGUACACGCACACCCCUGCAUACACACACAUUUGUGCUUUCUACUGUGUAUAUAAGACAUUUUAAGCCGUGUAAUCAUUCUCCAUCAACAAUCCUGUUUGUUUUCGGUUGUGUUAGUUCCUUCUUUUGCUAUAGAUGUUUAUUUCUUAUGAGAGAACCUGGAUGCAAGUUAGAACUUAAUGAACUCUAUGAAUGAUAUGUAAAUAAUGUUGUCAAACAAAGCAAAAAUUGUAUUUAUUUCCUAAGGUGUCAAUCAAGUUUGUGUGUUUUUGACUCUCACUGCUUUCCUUUCCUACACAAAGAAUUUUGGGAGGAAAGUAAACAUGAAACUGCAUUGGGACUGACCGACCAGGGUGUAUCCCACUUCUCGCCUGGAUGCAUAAGCAUGAAAUGACUAUGACGUGAAUAUGUGCACACUUGUCAUGGAAAUGCAGUGCAGUGGAAGGUGCUAUAUGAACUUGAAAGAUGUUUUCACAAAGUGUCUGAAGGAGGAAUAGGAACGGCGUGAAGCGGGGAUUUUUCAAGCAGCGUUUUGUGCUCCUGACAUGUUCAGGUUCUCUGCUGUAAUAAAGCUGUCAUAUUCAAGAUGGUGUUUGUGCAACUCCUACAAAAAUGGACGAAAAAAAUAUAUUAAUGUGCAUUAAUAACAGAAUUAUGUGUGUGUUUUGGGGGGAGCUAAUUAGAAUUAGAAUGUGUAUUACAGUUCGCUACAGCAGGCUUGUUUUUUUUCAUAUAUUUGGGUAAGAGAUGUGUCUUAUUUUUCUGAAGGAUAUUUGUUUAUUAAAAGUACAAUUAUAUUAGUGGCUGAAUUUUGCCGCGCUGUAGCCUAGAAUGAUUCCUCAUACUAAGGAUGCCUUAUUUUGUGAUGGACAAAAUACCACAGACACCUCUGUACAUAACAUUU